AUGGGUAUUGGAAUUGCGAUUGCAGCAAUUGCAGUAGCAGCCACGGUUGCAAGUGACGUUGGGUUUGGCGUUGCAGAAGAAAAGAAACAAGACGAACUAAAAUCCGCCCUUGAUCAAGCACAUUCAGCCAUUAACAGCGCAAAUGAUUUUUACAAAAAUGUGUAUAAAAUUGUAAAGACUCGCUUAGAACAUCUAAAGCAGAGCAUGCGAAAACUUCCACCAAAUGUCAUAGCUAAACUCAACAAAGAUUUGGUCCUAAAUUUGAAUAAUCCUGACAAGGUUGUUGAGGGUAUAGGAAAGGCCCUUGGUAUCACACAAACUGCUGUUGGCAUGGUUGGGUUGGUUACUGGUGCUUUUACAAGUGCAGGACUAGCGGCGGCUGAUAGUGUCGUGGCGACCGUCGCAGAAGUCGCGGGAGCUGCCGGAGCCGUUCUUGCCGUGGCUGGCUUUGGCCUGUCGCUUUACACUGGAAUCACAGAACUUAAUAAGAUAAAUGAUGCCAUUGAUAAAGUAAACGGAAAACGUCAGAAAGCAGAAAAUGCAAUGAAACAAAUGAAAAAUUCUCUUGAUGGCCUGCUGAAAGCUCUUGGAAUAACCGUAAGCAGUUACGAAAGUCUCCGAGACAUUUCAAACGACUGGGUACAACUCGCUACUAAUUUCGACCGGUAUGCGACUUCGUUCUAUGAUGCCAUAACUGGUUUCGCAAUGGGCAAGACACAGAGUGAGGUCGUUAGUUUCUUGAAACAAAGAGCUUCAGUCCAUUUGAAAGAUGACGUACUUUCCUUGGCGAAGCUGAUCGAAGAAAACAUCUUGCAGAUGAUGAGAGGCGGCAAAAAUGACGAGCAAAUUGUCAACUUCUAUGCAAAAGAAACUCCAAAUGAAGGACUCCGAUUUGUGAUGGAGUCUUACUUUGUCAGUACACUUCGUGAAUACGCAAAGUGA